AUGUCUUCAUCAUUAUCAUCAAAUGACUCAUCACUAUCAUCAAAUGACUCUUCAUCUGACGAUGACGAUCACAUUACGAAGAACAAAGUGUUGAUGUUUGUUGUAGCUAAUGUUACCAAUUACUUCAUGAAAUAUGUUGUGAAAAAUCCAUGUAGAAAUUCAAGCAUGACAGGCCAUUGUUGGGUAUCUGAAAUUCUGAAUGGUCAUCUAAUACGUUGUUAUCAGAUGUUUAGAAUGAAGAAACUUGUCUUUCUUGAAUUAUGUGAUAUCUUGGAAACCAAGUACAACUUAAAGAAAACUCGAAAUGUCAGCAUUUAUGAGCAAGUUGGCUUGUUUUUAUACAUGUUGAGUCAACUAGGUUCUGUUCGUAAUUGUGAGGAAAGAUUUCAACAUUCAGGUGAAACAAUAUCUAGACAUUUCCAUAAUGUCUUAGAAGCUGUGUGUAUGUUUGCAAAGGAUAUAAUUAAGCAUGUUGAUCCAUCAUUUAGGGAUACUCCUGAUGAGAUUCUAAAAGAUGCUAGAUAUUGCCCUUACUUUAGGGAUUGUAUUGGUGCAAUAGAUGGUUGGGAAGGUUCUGCACAUGAUACUAAGAUAUUUAUGGAGGCUUUACGUAAGCCUGCAUUGCAUUUUCCACAUCCUUCUCAAGGUAAAUAUUAUCUUGUUGAUUCUGGUUACCCUACUUUUAUGGGUUUUCUAGGACCGUACAAGAAAACUAGGUAUCAUCUCCCGCAAUUUAGAAUUAGGCCUAGAAUCAGGGGAAGAGCUGAAGUUUUUAAUUAUUAUCAUUCCAGUCUUCGAAGUACAAUUGAACGUGCAUUUGGUUUAUGUAAAGAAAGAUGGAAGAUAUUGGGUAAUAUGUCACCUUUUGCUUUGAAGACACAAAACCAAAUCAUUGUUGUUUGCAUGGCUAUACAUAACUUCAUUCAAAGAAAUGACAAGAGUGAUGGAGAAUUUGAUUCGCUAUAUGAAGAUAAUGAAGAUAUAGAUAGUGAUGAGGAUGAAAGUGAAGUUGGUCCUAGUACUACAACAUGGGAAGAACCGGAUGAACGCUCAAAGUACUCUACAAAUGAAACGAUUUAG